GGGUUUAAAGAUUGAAGGAGGUGUUUGGAUGGGGGAAACAUGAGGAUACUUGGGCCAAAGGCCCAAUUCCUAACCCAAGGAAAAUUGGGUUCCACAUAUGAACACCCAACAUCGGUCUUCACGUUCAAAAACAAGGAAAGCGUUUAUGCUACUACGCAAGGGACACUCACCGUCGGUGCCAGACUUGGUACAAUAUGCGAGCGAUCAAGAGACUCCAUGAGAAAUUCGACUGCGCUUGUGCGUUACGCUUUAGUCUACUUUUCGACUCGUAUCGUUGUUCCGUUGAUGGUGAAGAAGAUGUGGUUCGGAUCCAUGCGCUUUACGUGGUUGAUGACGAACGACGGAGAGCUUUACGUUCUUGAUGAUGAAGAUCGUCGACGCUUCUUCUUCAAUUUCUUCCCACCGUUUCGUACUCUUCACCCAGGAACCGUUCUUUGCAGGUUGGUGGAAGUUAGUUCUAAUGAGAGGUUGUUGCAAGUUUGAUUACGGUUCUUUUAUUCUGUUAUGAAAGCAGUUGGAGGUUAUUGAAGGGUGGUUAGAAGUUGGUUAUAGGUUGUUAUGGAGUCUUUUUGUUAAAUUUUGUUUCUGUUUUCAAAUUCUGCUUUUGGAGGGAGUUCUUGUGAACUCAAUCGAAAACCAUUGCAGUGAGAAGAUGAUGAAGCUACUUAUGGAGAUUCUAAGUUAACAGAGUUAGAACUUUGUUGACUUGAAUCUGAUGAAACUAAUUGAGCGUGAGGACUCUGUUAGUUUAGGGGAUGCCUGAAAUUCGGUUCAAGCUUUGGGAUUAAGUUUUAGGGAUUGGAAAAAAUUAUGUUAGAUGAUAGGGAUUGAAAAUAUUUUGUUAUGUCAGUUAUAAAAAGUUGUUAGAUUAGUUAUAUGAAAAAUGAAGUUAGUUAAAAAUGUGUUAGGAGGUUAAUAAGUUGUUGUUGUAUGCUAUUGGUUUUUGCCUUACAUUUAGGUUAUGCUGGUUCUAGAUUGUGGUUAGGGAAGAAUUUGAGACUUGGUUUUUGAAUUGUCGUUACAAGUGGUUUUCUUUGUUUGAA